AUGGCGCUCUUUGGAUGCAAAAUUCUUUCCCGAGGCUUUCUGUCAACCACAGCCGUUCGUUCCAUCUCAUCGUUAACUAAUUUGGAGAACGUUAAAGUCGUGGAUGAAGGUUCAGGUGUUGCACAUGUUCAAUUAAACCGACCGAAGAGUAGAAAUGCCUUGACGAUUGGGUUAUGGGAGUGAGUCGAUCUUCCUUUGAUAACUGAGUCUAAUUAUCGUUUUUCAGUGAUCUCAAAACGGCGUUUGACCAUCUGGAUACAUGCUCUUCUUGCCGGGCUAUUGUUCUAUCAGGAAAUGGACUCUCCUUUGGUGUCGGGAUUGAUCUCAAAGAAGGGAUUACUGUACGUUCUACUUCAAUUCUCCAUUUUGUUACAGAAAAUCAUGGAUGUCGCUGGCGACAAAUCAAAGGAUGUCUCGAGGAAAGCGUUGGCCUUGUUGAAUCUGAUCAAUUAUAUCCAAAAAUCUUUUAAUUCUGCAUACUUGUGUAAGAAACCAGUCAUUGCCGCUAUUCAUGGUCAUUGUAUUGGAGGGACAAUUAGUUUGGCGGCGUUGACAGAUAUUAGAUAUGCUGUGAAGACAACUGUUUUCAACAUCAAGGUUGGUAUUGGUUUGUUUUUUAUGACGUAAUAUUGGCAUUUCUUCGAGGUUGUACUGACAGGGGAAGCACUUCAAGUGUGACGCUCAGAUUUUCUUUAAAUUUUGCACACACAUCGGGUAUGGACUAAAUAUCAAUUCCUGAAAGUUUUAGCUCGCGCUUUGCGGGCGCCGCCGAGAUAUUGAACGAUUUUUGCCGCCGAGAGAGCACGCUCAACGUGGAGAGCGGUCAGAGAGAAAACCGCUUUUUGGCCAUAACUUUGGCAGUUUCGUGCGGAAAAAUUUGAUUUUUUGUAGAAACAUUAUUCUUUACGGUUGAAAUAGGCAUGAAACUUUUCGUGCCGAAAUUCGGCAAAAAGUCCCAAAUUUUCGCCGACUUUCGAUCUAAAAAUCUCGGUUGUUUCUGCAAAGCGCGAGCUAGGAUUCCCGCAUAUAUCUUAGAAAAAAUUAUUCUAAAUUUGUGCCAAGUUUCAUCAAAAUCUGAGCGUCACACUUCAAGUACUUCCCUUGUGAGAUGAUGAUUUUAGGAGGUAGAUGUUGGAUUGGCAGCGGACGUCGGAGUUUUGAAUGUAAUAUCAAAAAUAACGGGUAAUGACAGUUGGUGUCGGGAAUUGGCAUUUACUGCAAGAGACUUUAAUGGAACCGAAGGAGUUGAGAAGGGUAAGAUUGAAGACUGCAAAAAUACCUAUAUUUUCAGGAUUCUUAUCUCGCGCUUUCGACACUCAAAAAGAAUGUUUGGAUGGAGCCCUGGACUUGGCCAAAGAGAUUGCCAGUAAGAGUCCAAUUGCUGUUCAAGGAAGUAAAUUGGCCAUGAAUUAUGCCCGGGAUCAUACUGUACAAGAGACGUUUGACUAUAUCAAAGUCUGGAACUCCGUUCAUUUGCAAACUGAAGACAUGGUCAAAGUUGCUCAAGCCAUGAUGGAGAAGAAGAAAGCAGUCUUCAAUGAUGCGUGA